UGCAAAGAAUAUUCUGGUUUCCCUCAAACUGAAUGCAAUUGUUAUACAUACGAUACAUACGUCAAUACAACCAAUAAUUUUAUACCAGAUUCCUAUGAAUCCUAUAAUGAACAGGAUUUCAGUCAUUUCCCAAUAAGACAUUCAAAUCACUACUCAACUCAUAAUAACAAUGAUUGCGGACCUAUUCUUCAGAUGGACGCGUCUAAUAUAGCAAAUGCAAUGUCCAGCGCUAUAGACAUUCACGCCGAUAAUGUGAUCCAUACAAUGAUUCCGUCAAACAAUGAGGAAAACAAAUAUGAAUUUGGGUUUGGAGUUAUGGAUGAUAUGGAACCGUAUCGCGAAUACGGCAACUCUUUUGACAAUAAUAUUUGU